AAAAAUUUACUUUUCCAACGAAUCAACUCGCACGCGAUUCUAAUAAAUAUAAUACACUAUGCAGAACAUAACUAGCGAACCUGAAAAAGAUGCAACAAAAAGUCUUCAGCAACGACUGUCAUCAACUUCACUUUCCACACCAAAACCACAUAAUACAACAAAAAACCUGGUUACACCCAAUACAGGUUCAACGAUAGAUGAAUCAGACACAGAAGAAGUGGUUGUUGAAGGAGUGUCCGCAGGUCCUUUAAGUCUACCGGGCUCUUUUACAGCACAUUCACAAGCUUUAAGCACAUCUCCGAACUUAAACCAAAACUUAAUUUUACAAAAGGUUGCAAAUGUAAAAAACGGAAGUGAUCUAUCUGGAGCUUCUUCGGAUUCAGCAGAUUCAGAAGCUAGAUCAAAAAAAAAGUCGAUACCUUAUUAUGAGUCAGUUGGUCGUUCGUACAAGUCUCUCGCGGACGAAAAAGGUUGGAAGAAUCCUGAUAACACAAUAUUUCCAAUAUCUGUAACCAACCUUUGUAAUUAUGUUCGCGUUAAGAAGGAUACUAAUAAUUCGAAAAGCGUUGAUUGGUAUAUUGCGGCCCUCAAGAAGUACCAAGAACUCGUAUUGAAUAUCAAGGAUUGGGACGAAGUUCGAAAACACCCGGAAGUAAAACAAUUGAUGAGCCAGAUCAAAGAAAUUAAUUCAAAGAUAGGAAGUGAUACGUCUCCUGGAACUCCCAGCAGUAAAGAUAAGGGUAAAGGAAACACAGAACAAUCGAUCAUCGAGAUCAAAAAAGAUAAUUCAGGAUUUCCAAAAACGAAUGAAAUUAUUACACAGUUUGGAUCUUUUAGCAAUAUAUCUUUUCAAAAUUUUUCUUCGACUAAUCAACCACCUGGACCUGCUGAAACUGCGCUUGCUUUACUCGGUUCUGAAUUUAAUCCCUUUCUGGUUGAUGAUGACUCUCUUGGCAGAAGGGAUUUGUUGACGAAAAAAUUAGUUGAUGAUACUUACGAAUUUACGAAUUAUGAGCCAAAAUAUAACUCUACAUUUGACCAAAUGUCUGCUUCAGAUGAUGAUGAAGAUUAUGUUCCUCCUAAAAAAAGUAGCUCAGCACGUGGUUAUAUUCCUGAUAGAAAAAGGCGUCGAAAACGAUACUUGGACUCAGAAUCACAUUCUGAUGAUGAUGAACCUGAAAGUUUUAAGUCUCGUUAUGAGACCUCGCUAAGCAUUCUCAAGUCUAAAUACAUGGAUACUUGUAAAAAUCAUCCUGGUGGAUGUUAUCAAAUUGAGAAUGGAAAACAUUUUGUACUGAAUGACAAAAUAUUUCGACGUUGGGCUUCACUAUGUGCAUCUGGUGAUGAUGUAAAUGAAGAUUCAUUGCCAUACUCAGAAGAAUUGGAAAAGGAUUUCUCUGAACUUGGAUCGAUUUCCACUUGAUUUUUUAUUUUCAAAUAUGUGACAAUUAAAUAAAUUAAUUCUAUAGGAUAAUUUUCUACUAUGUUGUAUACACAUAUCGGUUUAAAAAUCGAUUUUAGCAAAGCUUACGUACGAUAUUAUUUUUAUUUUAAUAAUGUAAAAUUAUUAUUGUAAAUAGAUAUUUUUAAU